UAAUGUACCCAAAACAUUAUCUCCUCUAUAUAUAACGAAACAUGGAAGAAGUAGAGAAAGACAAGACGUUCACACUACGCACAACAACUUUACUUUCCUAGUUUACUUCAGAUCCACCCUUCUUCCUUACCCACUGUCUCAAACAAUCCUUAGUUUCAAUUUUGGGAGUGGGUUCUCAAAAGGGAUAAACUAUCGCUUGUCUGUUUUCAGACAUUUUCCAUCGUCUUCUAAUUCAUCUGCAGUUGUAAUGGCGCAGCAAGGCAGCACUUAUCUCGACAGCUUGUUGAAUCUUGAAUCGCUGAGAAAGAGUUUGGUGAGGCAAGAAGACAGCAUUAUCUUCAGCCUGAUAGAGAGAGCCAGAUACCCCAUCAAUUCUGCCUUGUACGAUGACGAUGAUAAGAUUAAUAAGGACCCCCCUGCUGAAUUAUCUGCUUCCUUGUUUCACUUCUUCAUACAGGAAUCCGAAGCUCUUCAAGCCAAGGCCGGUCGUUAUACGUCUCCGGAGGAGAAUGCCUUUUUCCCGGAUAACUUACCGUCUCCGCUGCUGCCGCCUCCUGACCAUACACCGGUUUUGCAUCCUCCAGGAGCUUGCAUUAACAUAAAUGAGAAAAUACUGAAUCUGUACCUCAAGACAUUGCUUCCUCUGAUUGUUGCCGAUGGAGACGAUGGGAACUAUGCAGCCACUGCAGCCAGUGAUCUGAACUGUUUGCAGGCUCUCUCCAGAAGGAUUCACUUUGGAAAAUUCGUGGCGGAAGUUAAAUUCAGGGAUGCUCCUGAAGACUAUACCCUAGCCAUACGUGCUAAGGACAGGGAAGCUUUGAUGAAAUUAUUGACGUUUGAAAGUGUUGAAGAGAUGAUCAAGAAGAGGGUGGAAAAGAAAGCAAUGAUAUUUGGACAGGACGUGGAUCUGAAAGAAAAUGAUAGCAACGGGGAUUACAAGGUUGAUCCGUCAAUAGUUUCUAAAUUUUAUGGAGAGUGGGUGAUCCCUUUAACAAAAUCUGUUCAAGUCGAAUACCUCCUCCGUCGUCUGGAUUAGCCUUUUUGACCAUUGCAACAUGGAUUCAUCAAAAGCUGAAGGAGUUUCCCUGUGAAGGAUGAAAUGUGCCUGGAAAAUCAUUCUGUGAUGAAUGUCAACAACCGACAGCCAUCUCUAUCUUUCGUUUCUCUUUUGUAGGAAAAAUUACAUUAACACAUGUGAAAGUUUCUACAUUGCACUGUAUUUAUACCGAAACCUUCUUGAGCAAACGAAGCGAUAAUGUUGCUUGUACUAAUGAAAUUUCUAGAAGAAACAA